AUGGAUGAACCUGAUUACCCAAAAGUAGAAACAGAGCUAGGCACACUCGAAUUCGAUGUAGCUGAAGAAGAUGAUCCAUCUACAAAAAAGGAGAUCGCUUCGCCAAAGAAGCAAUCAAAGCUCUCCCAGAACUUGGCAGAAUUACUAGAGUCGGAGAAUGCAAGCCUGCAAGCUCUUCCGAGGUUGGAUCAAUAUGGCAUUGGAUUCACCAAAGCUGAGCCUGGCAUGCUUGGUAAUGAGCAACAGCAAGGAACAGGCUACAUUGACGAGAAGGAGUGUAAGAAGAUAAUAGCUAUUCUUAAAUCUUGCAUGGGAAUUAAAGAUAAUAUCGAUUAUUUGAAAUCCGAAGAUAUAAGACGUUUGUUCCUUGUUUUUGACAGGGUUUUUAAGGCUACAAAGAUGCAACUUAGUGAUGUAUUAUCCAAAGGUUUAUAUCACAUGCUAUUAAUAGCCAACAGAAUACGUCAUAUUUCGUCCCAGUCAAAAUCUCAAGGCAAGGAUAUAAUGGGCACGGAAACUUUUGGGAUUGAAAAACCCAUACCAUUGAAUAAAGAGAAUGUAAAUUUCAAACUCAGGAGCUCCCAUGUUGUAAAGUGGGAUAAUGUUAAACUUGAACGCCUCAUUCAUGGAAUAAAGGUUUUGUUCCACUAUCCUACUAUAAGUAAACCACAACUGCAAAUACUAUCAAAGUUAAUUUAUGCUUUAAAGACCAAUGGUCACGCUGUUUUGGAAUCUCCUACGGGAACUGGGAAAACGGCUGCGAUAAUAUCGGGUGUACUGUCAUGGUUAUACCAGUCUCAAAUUACAAAUACAGAAGAUGAAUCCGCCAAUUCUGAGCCAAAAUACAAGGUUAUAUAUCUCACUAGAACACAUGCCCAGAUAAAGCAGAUUUCUACAACCAUUGAUCAAUCUUGUUUUCGUCCACAAUCUUGCACCUUGGCAUCCAGAAAAAUUUUGUGUCCAUAUUACAAAUCGUUUUCGGGUGAAGUUGAAAGUGGUAUAAAUAAUCAAAAUCUGAAUGACCUAGACAAUUAUGGCAUUACUAACAAGUGCCGCGCGCUACUGUCUAGUACAAACAAGUUGAGGCUAAGAAGGAGGAAAAAUAAAACUACAUGCAGCGGUAGAGAUAGCAUCUUUGGGGAAAACACUGUUUCAAAAAUAUGUCCAUACUACGCUAAUAUGGGUUGUAAGUCUUACUCAAUCUCAACUGCUGUUCGUUUCUUAACAGACUUAAAGGCUACAUGGGAUAUCGAGGAUACGUAUGGUUUUUGUCAUACCAGCAAUCCUGAUUUUAAUAUUGGUUGCAAUUGCAGAAAUCCUACAGUUAAAAAGAAACGAUCUAAACCAAACGAUAUAUCUAAAUACUUUGAAAAGAAGGCUGCUAUAACUGGAAAUGAAAUAGGAUGCCCAUAUUAUACUGCGAAAGCGGUUUCACAGGUUGCAAACUUUGUAAUUUGCCCUUACCAAUAUAUUAUUGAUCCACAUAUUGUUGUGAAAAGUCAUGCAAUAGUUUCUAAAGUUUUAACGCUUUUGGAAAUUUCGGCUGAGUACAACUACUGCAAAGAUGAGAUUCUAGAAGUGAUUUACGACAGGAUAAAUUAUUUGAAUCGGUCCAUUGGAGGCGGGGAAGCAAAUGGAUUUUUUGGGUCAUUGGAUAACGCAAUUUUAAUUUUUGAUGAGGGACACAAUGUUGAAAAUUCGUGCUUAGAAGAGGGAUCUACAGAUAUUUAUCUUUCAACAUUAGACUCCAUUUUAAAUUGGUUUUUUGAACUGAAGACUCAAAUAGAGAAAAACGAACUUAAAACUCUAGAACCAAAUUCUUCCAACAUUGAUUAUUAUACCACAAAGGCAAAAAUGUCGUUAUUAUCAUCAUUAUCUCGAAUUACUUCCUUCUUGCGCGCAUUCAUCGACAAGCUGAAUGAGUUUGUUUCUAAUCACAGUGAAAGAAAAUACAUGAAGAUGAAUGAAAAUUCUAAAGAAACGCCAGAACGCAAAAUUUACAAGGAAACUCCGGAACGUAAAAUAUACAAGAAUGAGAAUGGAAACCCGGAUGAUAGUUCUACAUCACAGGAUACGGUGUUUAAAUUAUUUCAUAGCUGGGAUAGGUAUGAUGAGGAUGAUGAAGAUGGUACCCUUGAUUUUAUUUUACUCCUUAAUUUGAGUUUACUAAAAGUUUAUGUCGUAUACUGUAGUAUGUUACAAAUUUCGUCAUACGGAAAGUGGUUAGAUUUAGCUGGUAUACAUUUUUCAGCAGAAUAUAGAAAGAGAGCUGAGAUUUUCUUUUCAAUUCUCAUCUUGCUGUGUUACAGUCCGCAGUCUUAUAACGUUUGUAUAACGCGGAACACGAAAAAUGAUAAACUCCGAUUAAACCUUUGGUUACUUAAUCCGUCUCUUAUUUUUAAUGAAAUCGCAACUCAUGCUUAUUCCAUAAUAAUAGCCUCUGGUACCCUUACACCGAUCCAGGCCCUGGUAAACAGUCUGGGACCAGCUUUUGCAACAAGGUUGAAUAAUAACAUACUAUCAGCCACUCAAGUAUUAUCCCCGGAUCAGUUUAUGGUUUUUAUACUGACUCAUAUUCCUCAUAAUGAAAAAAUCAAAAGGCUAGAGUGUAAUUUUAAAGAAUCCAGGGAUGAUCAGUUUGUGGCAACUGUUGGAAACACAAUAGCUACUUUGAUGCAUUCGCUGCCUGGACGCACUAUUUUAUUUUUUCCUAAUCGCAAUCUUAUAGUUCGGUGCCUUUCAGUUUGGUCAAAGAAUGCAUUCGAAGAUGGUAAAGGCUAUAAAGGCUCGCCCAUUAUGAUAAUAGAUAAAAUCACAGAGCUGAAGAUGAACAUUUAUCAGGAGACUAACAAUGCAUCGCAAUUCACAGAGAUGCUAGAAAGAAUCAAAAGAGAUGAUACAUGUCUUAUUCUAGCUGUCUUUAGAAGUCAUUUUUCUGAGGGUAUAAACUUGAACCUUUCCUCCAUAUUGCUUCUAGGUCUCCCGUUUCCUUCUAUUAUCAGUCCGCAGGUGGAUGUUUCUAGGCGCUACCACAAGACCAUAAAUAACAAGUGCUUUAAUAUAAACUAUAAUUGGUAUCUGAGAGAAACAUUUAGGGCAGUUAAUCAAGCAAUUGGAAGAUGUAUUAGAAACAAGGAUGAUCGCGGAAUCGUACUUUUACUAGACAACAGAUAUACAUUGAAUCUGCAGUAUAUUUCAUCUUGGCUUCAUCCGUAUACGUUUGUGUACAAUAAUGCGAACAAAAUAGUUGACUAUGUCGACUCGAACUUUAAAUUUUUUCCCUGA